UAGCUGUUUCCGUAUUAAGCUGCUCAGAUGUUUUGACUGACUUAGCCUUAGUUGAGUAGCUAGACCGGAACCUCCUUUUCGAUUCUCGGGCUGUAAUCGGACUAAACCAGAAACACUAAUGAGUGUUCUGUCAAUUUGAGAAGAACACAAUCUGUGCUCUGUUUCGGACUCAAUCAAUCUGUUUUGUUUCGGGGCUGAAAGAACAGAAGUUUGUCAAACGUACUUCACAUUACUUCCAUAAGUUUUUACAUACAUAUAUAACUUACACACCAAACUGUAAAAAAACUGACUUCUGAAACAAAUACAAACUGACACAAAUAACCAACUAGUAACUGUCUUUGUUCUAAUCAACACAAACAAAUCUUCUAUGCUGCUGUCGAGCCUUGAGCCACAACCCUCAGAUCCAACAGAUACCAAUGAAAAAGUUUGCUUUGGCGUCUGUGUCGUUUAGGCCUGCUUUGACAGUUCUGUAGAUUAGAGGUUGUUUGUUUGACAUAUGCGUAUCACAGGCUUAUGUUUAUUGAAUAUGUAGACAAUUGUUUCUCUGUGUAUAGUGUUAUGAUGAGCUCUAACUUGGUGUUGAGAGCAGGAGUGUUUUAUCUAUACAUGAAGACUAUAGAGAGGGCUCACAUGCCGAAGGACUUAUGGGAGAGGGUAAAGCUGCCAAGAAACUACGAGAAGGCUCUCGAAACUAUUGAUAAACAUCUGAUGUACUGGCCCAAGUUAUUGCAGCACAAGAUAAAACAAAGACUGACCAAAAUGACCCAGAUGCGCAUUCGCAUGAGGAAACUCGCUCUGAAAACAAGGGAGAAGAUAAUGACGACACCCAGAAAGGAAAAGAAGAGGGAGGCGAGAAGGGAGGAAAAGGCUGAAAAAGCAGCUGUGUUAGAUAAGGCUAUUGAAAGUGAGUUGCUGGAGCGCUUGAAGAAAGGGGUGUAUGGUGACAUAUACAAUUACCCAGAGCUUGAGUGGAACAAGGUUCUUGAUUCAGAGAAGCAGGGAGCUGAGAAAAUUGAAGAAGAAGAGGAGGAGGAGGAACCAGAGAUUGAAUAUGUAGAAGGUUAUGAUGAUCUCGAAGAAGAGGAAGAUAUGGAAGAUUUCUCUGGGUUUCCCUCUAAGCAGUCGCACUUGGAUGACAGCGAUCAUGACACAGAUGACGAGGAUCAUGGCGAUGAUGGUGAGGGACAAGUCGCGAUCAAUAAUAACAAGGGAAGAAGUUCAAGGAAGCUUGAUGAUGGACGCAAAUCAAAGAAGAAAUCCAGAGUUAUUGUCGAGGUCGAGCAAGAAGAUGCUGUGAAUGCCCUGAGACUCGCGAGUACUUAAGUGCUGAGGCGAAAAGCCUGAAGCUUUCGGAAGAGGGUGGAAGUUUUGAUACUUCACUGUGGUUUUUUGUUUUUGUUUCGGUUGAGUUGGUCGAUUUUUAUAGCUUCAUAUCCUCAUUACGAGAUGAAAACAGACAUAAUUUAAGGUUUCGCCGCAAUUAACAUAAACUUUGUUUCUGUAAUUACCCGAAAAAGCAUGUUAGACAAUUUUAUCUCA